AUGAUAUAAAUCUUUCAAGAGAUUAAAGAUUCCUUUGCUUAAAAUCCUUAGAGUAUAUUGACUUUGAUGCUUGUUGUAUUAUAGAAAGUUAUUGAAUUGUUUACUGAAAAAUAAAAUGAGAAGAUGGAACUAGUACAACGUAUAAUUAAUCACCCAAUUAAAAUAAUUAAAGUAGUAUUUGAAUAAAUUUAGGAAUUGAAAUCAAAAUUAGUUGAGUAAUUUGCUUAAUUGAUUAAUAUAUUAAGUAAUUGGAUUUUAAAUCUAAAAUAAAUAGAAGGAAGUUAUUCUCAAUAUAGUUUCUAGGAGUGGUUAGAAAAUUUCAAACCUAAUUAAGAAAACAUCUCAACAAUUAAUAAAAAUUAUUAUAAAAAAAUUUUGUAAAUUAAUUAAUCUUCGAAAUAAAAAAGUGGUCUAAAAUUAUGAGAUUUAUUAUUGAUAAUUAAACAGUUUAGAAUUAGAUUAUGUGGAAUAUAAUUAAGAUAUAGAAAAUUUAGAAUAACAAAUUCAUCUCAAAUCUCUAAUAAAAAUCAAAUUAUUGAUUAAGGAUGAAAAACAAAUUUUAUAAGAAAAAAAAUAAACUUUAAGUUAGUUGAUUAAUCUGUAAAGUCAAAUGCUGAAAGUAAUAAAAUUGCUUUUAAUUCUUCUGGGUCAAUUAUGA